AUGGAGGAUACACCAGAAGUUAGAAACGGGAGUAAAAGGAGGAAGUCGGAAGUAGUGAUGGUCAGCGAUCUGGUAGUCGGAGAAUCAGGAAGGCCACCUAUGGCAAGAUCAAAUAGUACCUUUUCAGCAGCAGACUUAGAAACAGCCCUCGCAAAAGCUGGUUGUGGAAAGUUCAACUUAGCCCUACUAGUACUCACAUUUCCGGCAUCAUGCACCAGCAGCUUCGACACAAGUUCUAUGUCUUUCGCGAUGCCUGCAGCUUCAGUGGACUUGGACCUCACGCUGUCUCAAGGGGCUCUUCUCCAGUCAUCAUGCUAUGCAGGAAUGAUAAUAGGAGGAUUCAUAUGGGGUCCCUUGUCGGAUGCUUUCGGUAGGAAGAAAUUGCUGGUCAUUGGAUAUCUUGUGGACGCCCUCAUGAAUUUCCUGGCGGGAGCAUUCCCGAUCUUUCCACUGAUGAUGCUCUUCAAGUUUCUAGCAGGAUUAAUGAUUUGUGGUCUAUCUCCAAUCUUCACUGCCUACAUCGCAGAAAUAUACCCAAAGAAGGGAAGAGACACAGUGAUCUUGUCGACCGGGUUCUCCUCCGCAACUGGACAAGUAUUACAAGCAAGUCUAGCAAUGUGGAUAAUUCCAAUUGAAGUCCCCAGUGAGAUACCCUUCAAAUCCUGGCAGCUCUUCCAGAUGGCUAGCGCUUUGCCUUCUCUCAUCAGUGGGAUAGGUUGCCUUUUUUUUGUCGAAUCACCAAAAUUCUUAGCUGACAAAGGCAAUCAUGAAGGUGCCCUCAAAGUGUGCCAGACUAUAUAUACCAUCAAUACUGGCAACAGAUCUUCUGCUUACCCGGUAAAGAGGCUGAAUAAUACGAGUAGGACAACUGAUUAUGAGAAUAAAUCUAAAUUAUCAAAGUUGCUAGAAGGAUUAGAUAUACUUAAACCACCUUUUGUACAGAGAGCAGUGGUAUUAUUCUCGAUUAAUAUUUUAGCUGUUGGCUCAUUUAGUACUCUGCGACUAUGGCUACCAGAAAUGCUUACAUUUGUCAGUAAAUCGACUUUAGACCCAAACCUAGGGCUUUGUCCACUCCUUGAAGAAGGCAACUCAAUGCGAGGAAACUUAUCAUCAACAAAUUUGCACAGCAGGGAUGUUUUUUCAACAAUGAUGUUGGUGAAUAGUGGUUGUCUCAUAGGGCACAUAGUUCUCUUGUGCACCUUCUCAUGCAUAGGAAUAAAAGCAAUGCAAAUUAUCUGUAGCUUGAUGGCCGCAACAUGUGCCUUGAUAAUACCAUUUAUAAGUGCUAGUUAUGUAUUCAUCGUAGUGUCAGUUUUUUUUACCCUGUAUGAUAUGUGCAUCACUUGCAUCAUAAAAAUGGUUGUAGAAAUAUUUCCAACAAGAAUCAGAGCGACUAGCAUUAGUUUUUUAAUGUUAACUUCAAGGAUGGGUAUAUUACCUUUGAACUUUCUUAUGGCAAACUUCAUUUAUAUUUAUUGUGAAUACUUAUUUUAUGGGUUGUCACUGUUUGGAUUGGUUAUUGCAGGGCUAAUACUUAUAAUAUCAAAGAAACCUAUAGAAGAUGAUCAUCAAACCAGUCCCAUAAAAGGGAAGUAA